UUUUGGGGUAAGAUUGGGUACACUUGGUGAUCAAAGCUUAAAACAGGAUCUUACAACUCUCAGUUAAUCUGUGUCCUAUGUUAUGAAUGUAUGUCAAUUGCACAAUUCCAUUCAUUUCAUUUAACUUUUUCCGUACAACACAGUUUGGAGUGGAGCGACUGUUUGCCGGCGUGAUAGAUAAUGUAUUGUAAAUAUAACAAACAUCUAAACAAAUCUAUGCUUUACAACCUCUUUUUCCAUUUUAGGUUUCUAAACUUUCAGGAGUAUGCGAUCAGAAUAAGCAGCCUGAUUUCACUCUAAGUUUAGCUCAGUUAGCAAGUCAGUUGUCUUAUAAUGCAAGCCUUAAUCCAGACACUAACUACACAGUGACUGUUACAGCAAUAAAUAAUGAAGGGAGAGGUCAUCCUGCCACAAUGACGCAAAGAACAAAAGAAGAAGCUCCUCAGACUCCAUAUGGUGUUAAAGUGGUAGGCAUGACUGCAACAACAUUUGAUAUAACAUGGAACAUAAAUGGACCAAGACCGGGACAAACAAUCUUUGUAAUAAUACUAACAGCAGAUGCUCCUGCAGAGUCAAAGAACUUUACUGCUACUGGUUUUGCUUUGAGAGAAUACAAAGCAUUCGGAUUACAAGAGUACUGGAAUUACAGUGUCGCUGUGAUGGCAAGUACAUCAAUUGGAAGCAGUAAAUCAGCAGUGACAAAUGAGUACAGGACUUCACCUGCAGCACCUGGCAAAGUUUCCGAAUUUUCUAUAGAACCACAUCCCGAUGAAGACUUUACAAAAAUGAAGAUAUCAUGGAAAUGCCGACUAUAUUAGAGAGAAAUGGAGUCAUCAAAAGCUACCGUUUCGAAACAAUGAAA